GAGACCCUUUCUGCUCACAGAAGGGAAGGGUCAGGUCUGCAGAGAUCUCAUGAUGCCCUUCACUGAACUAGUUCAACAUCUAAAGUAAGAACUUGUAGCGACCGCUUUUCUCCUGAUCUGACUGGAAGGCUUUAGAGAUCUCUUCAAAAGAGGGAGAGAAGCAGGCCCAGAAAAUAACAAAAGGAGACAAACAGAAACAAACGCGAAUUGCCAGGGACAAAGAGGGAAAGAGAGAAAGCAAAAACCUGAAGGGCAGAGAAGAACAGACCCAGAGGAGGAGAGGAAGAGAUAGAACAGGAAGAAGAAACUGAACUCAACACACAAUAAGAAAUCUGCUCCUUCUUCUGGUCAGUGGACUGGUGAGGAAGAACAGAAACUAAAGGACAAGAAGACAACAGCUUAAGACAUCAAGAGGCCACUGAACUACCAGCUCUACAGGGAUGCAUAGCCCAGUCAUGAUCUGCUUUGGUUUAGGGUGUUUCUUAUGGUUCUCCCAAGUCAGAGGUGAGGAAAACUGUCUCAACACUGAACUCUGUUCAGGUACGGAGUGGGACCACUUGUGGUAUAUCUGGCUGGUUGUGGUGAUUGGUGGGCUGCUGCUCCUGUGUGGCCUUCUUUCCAUAUGCGUGAGAUGCUGUUUUCAUUGCCAUCACACAGGAGAGGAAUCAGGUCCUCAGCCCUAUGAGGUUACCGUCAUUGCUUUUGAUCAUGACAGCACCCUCCAGAGCACCAUUACCUCUCUCCACUCUGUGUUUGGGCCUGCUGCCAGGAGGAUAUUAGCAGUGGCACACUCCCAUAACGCUGCACAGGGAACACCAUCCCUCUCGGCAUCAGACACUCCUCCAGUCUACGAAGAGGCUCUGCGCAUGAGCAGAUUCACAGUUGCCAAGGCAGGGCAGAAAGUGCCAGACCUGGAUCCAGUGCCAGAGGAGAAACUGCAGGCAUCUGCAGAUGGCAAGGAUGCCCAGUCAGCCCUCCCAGGACACUAGUGCCUGUUUCUACUGAAUGGCAAAUAAUACAGAACAGUUCCAUGCAGAGACUAAUUUUUCUGAGCAGGGUCAGGAAUAUCAGAUUAGCUUUCUUAGUCUAAUGAGAAAGCGAAAAAGAAUAAAAAUCCAUAUAUUUUCAGAUCCAACAUAUUUUGGUGGCCUCUUUUGACACUUCCUUCAGAUAAUUAGCUAUUGACAUUCUCUAUGCCCAUUUAUUACAUACACACAUCACAACUACAGUCUGCACAAAUAAGCAGGGAGUGGGACCAAGGUGCUGACCCACUUUACAGGCUACUGACCUGCAGGGAGAUUGCAGAUGUUAGCUCAUUCUGCUUGCCUCCAGCCUAAGUUUCCUGGGGAUGACAGAAUGAUUUUCACAACAGGAAAAACAAAGACAUGUGAGAAGGUCUUGAUACCAAAUAAUAACACCAAACUUCUGGAAAAUGCCAUUUAUAGUACAUUUAAAAAAAAAAAAAAAAAAGAAUUUGUGUAGGAACACAGUCUGCAUGCAAACAAGACAGAAUACAUUGGUAAUAUCUGCAGUAUAGGCCUUAAAUGCCCUACAGGAUAUAUAGAAUGAAGACAGUCCAGUUCUGAAUAGGAUAUAUAGCAAUUAUGAAAUAGUAGUCACAAGCUUUUAUAUUUUAAUUUAAAAA